UCCCUAUUUAUCAAGAGGAGGAAAGGCGAAAUGAUGCAAUAUUAGAGUUUGCAAAGUUGGAUUUUAAUCUACUACAAUCUCUUCAUCAAGAGGAACUAAAGGAAAUGUCAAUAUGGUGGAAUGAUCUAGCACUUGCUAAAUCACUAAACUUUGCCCGUGAUCGAAUUGUGGAAUGUUAUUAUUGGAUGCAUACUGUGCACUUUGAGCCUCACUAUUCUCGUGCAAGAUUAAUUUGUACCAAGGUUAUUUCAUUCUUGUCACUUUUGGAUGACAUAUAUGAUAAUUAUAGCACACUGCAAGAGAGCCAAUUAUUAACUGAGGCAAUUCAAAGGUGAGAACCUCAAGCCAUUGAUGAAGUACCAGAAUACUUAAAGGAUUUCUAUCUCAAGUUACUAAGGACUUUCAAGGAAUUUGAAAAUGAACUAGAAAGUGAUGAGAAAUACCGCAUAUCAUUUCUCC